ACUUUCAUUGAAUAUACAAAUUCAAUUAAGAUCGCAUACAUGUUCCCGAAUCUGUGACUGAUUAAAUUCAUUGUUCAUUUUCACCUGCGAUCAUUUUUGUAUUCUUUAUGUCAGCUAUUCAAUAGCCACCACCACUAUUCUGGCGGCUGCAGCUAGUGUCUGACCCCUUCACCAUACAACUUCAACUUAAGUUAAUGUAUUCCUUUUCCACUUGUUACGUAUAAAAUAUUAUUAACAGUCUGUUCAUUUCAUUCUUAUAAUCCUUAACCAAGUCAAAAUUGAGACACUCUCAGUAGGGUCAACGGCAUUUUCAAAUCCAGUCUUCUCCCUCAUUAUGAGUUAAAAUUCUCACCCCCCACAUUUCAUUUCUCGGAUCCAUCACCAAAUCAUCGUUCUUUAGCAAAGUCUCUCACAAAACGACUCACUUUAGUUCUUACACAACAUGGCUCAUUUGGUUUAUGGUGAAACUCCGUCUUUUGGAGCUUCCCACCAUGGACAGGCUCAGCAAACUAUUCCGUUUCCAACCACUGGAACUUCCUUAAGGAUUCUGCUCUUACAUGGCAACUUGGAAAUAUGGGUCAACGAGGCCAAAAACCUUCCUAACAUGGACAUUCUUCACAAGAAAACGGGAGAAAUGGUUUCCAUGCUGUCCCGAAAGCUUGGCGGCAAAGUCGAAGGCAUCAUGUCCAAAACUGGAACCAGUGAUCCCUAUGUUACGGUGUCUGUAGCGGGUGCUGUGAUUGCCAGAACUUUUGUCCUCAGGAACAAUGAGAACCCCGUUUGGACGCAGCGUUUCUACGUCCCCGUUGCACAUCUAGCUUCUGAAGUCCACUUCGUUGUAAAAGACAGUGAUAUUGUGGGUUCUCAGAUAAUUGGAGCAGUGGGAAUUCCAGUGGAACAGUUAUGUAGUGGCACAAGAGUUGAGGGAUUUUUCCCUCUCCUUAGUACUAAUGGAAAACCAUGUAAGGGUGGAGCAAAGUUGAGUUUAUCCAUUCAGUACACCCCUGUUGAAAAGGUGGCUCUUUAUAGCCAUGGAGUAGGUGCUGGUCCUCAUUACGAAGGGGUCCCUGACACAUACUUUCCCCUUAGAAAAGGUGGAAAAGUUACACUUUAUCAAGAUGCUCAUGUUCGUGAAGGGUGCCUUCCCAGUUUGAAGGUGGAUGGGGAUGUGAAUUAUAAGCAUGAAAAUUGUUGGCACGACAUCUUUGAUGCAAUAAAUCAGGCUCGUCGAUUGGUUUAUAUUGUUGGGUGGUCCGUGUACUACAAUGUUAGUCUCAUUCGGGAUAUGGGUGAUGGAAAGGCUUACACUUUAGGUGACCUUCUCAAAGCUAAAUCACAGGAAGGUGUCAGAGUGCUGCUCCUUGUAUGGGAUGAUCCCACUUCUGGAAGCUUGCUUGGACAUAAAACGGUUGGACUUAUGAACACUCACGAUGAGGACACUCGCCAGUUUUUCAAGCAUUCUUCGGUACAGGUGCUUCUUUGCCCACGAGCUGGUGGAAAGGGACACAGCUUUCUCAAAACGCAGGAAGCCGGAACAAUCUAUACCCAUCACCAGAAGACAGUCAUUGUAGACGCUGAUGCAGGUCACAAUAAAAGAAAGAUAAAAGCUUUCAUCGGAGGUCUUGAUUUAUGUGUGGGUCGAUAUGAUAGCCCAGACCAUUCCCUCUUUAGAACUUUGCAGACAACACACAAAGAUGACUAUCAUAAUCCUAACUUUGAGGGGCCUGUCACUGAUUGUCCAAGACAACCAUGGCAUGAUUUGCAUUCCCAAGUUGAUGGGCCAGCAGCAUACGACAUCCUCACCAAUUUCGAGGAGCGUUGGUUGAGGGCUUUAAAAAUGCAUAGAUUACGAAAGAUGAAAAGUUCGCAUGAUGAUUCACUACUUAAAAUUGAUAGAAUCGCUGACAUUGUUGGCAUUGGUAAUGUUCCUUGCCUAAAUGAAGAAAACCAGGAGACUUGGCAUACUCAGAUCUUCCGAUCAAUUGAUUCCAAUUCUGUGAAAGGAUUUCCAAAGGAAUCACAAGAUGCUAUAAGAAGGAACUUGGUUUGUGGGAAGAAUGUAAUGAUAGACAUGAGCAUACAUUCUGCUUAUGUCAAGGCAAUUCGAUCGGCCCAAAAGUUCAUCUAUAUUGAGAAUCAAUACUUUCUUGGCUCAUCGUAUAACUGGGAUUCUUACAAAGACCUUGGUGCAAACAACUUAAUUCCAAUGGAAAUUGCAUUAAAAAUAGCCAGUAAAAUCAAACAGCAUGAGAGAUUCUCCGUGUAUAUUGUCAUUCCUAUGUGGCCUGAAGGAGUACCUAAAAGUACAGCUACUCAGCGGAUUCUCUUUUGGCAGUUCAAAACAAUGCAAAUGAUGUAUGAAACGGUUUACAAGGCCUUACAGGAGACUGGGCUUGACAAUCAGUAUGAACCACAGGACUACUUGAAUUUCUUUUGCCUUGGUAAUCGUGAGAUCCCUGACAACCAAAAUGUUUCAAAUGUUACAAAAACUACCGGAGAAAACAUACCACAGGCACUCACUAAAAAGAACAGAAGAUUCAUGAUUUAUGUUCAUUCAAAAGGGAUGAUAGUGGAUGAUGAAUAUGUGUUACUGGGGUCUGCAAACAUCAACCAGAGAUCCAUGGAAGGCACCAGAGAUACAGAAAUAGCAAUGGGAGCAUAUCAGCCUAAUCACACUUGGGCAAAGAAGCAAUCUAGACCUCGUGGACAGGUGCAUGGUUAUAGAAUGUCACUAUGGAGCGAACAUAUAGGAAGUGUGGAAGAAUGUUUUGAGGAGCCAGAGAGGCUUGAGUGUGUGAGACGCAUAAGGUCAUUGAGUGAGAGUAACUGGAGACAGUAUGCAGCAGAUGAUGUAACUGAGAUGAAAAGUCAUUUACUAAAAUAUCCGCUUGAAGUUGAUUCAAAGGGUAAUGUGAAGCCUCUUUCUGGCUGUGAAACAUUCCCAGAUGUUGGUGGGAACAUAAGUGGCACUUUCACAGUACUCAGAGAAAAUCUUACCAUCUGAUCAAUCUUUUCUGUCUCUUGUAAAACUCCGUGAAUGUUAUAGUACAAUUUACUGCCUUAUUCAAAGGUUUCUAUUCUUUUCAAAAGACGAAAUAAAGAGUAUAAAGGUCUGUACUUAUAAUAUAACCUGCUCUCAGUUAUUAUAGUUUGCUCUCAAUGGCUUAUUUAGGGUUUAAGGUUGUCUUAUAAAUCUUUUUUUU